GCUAGGCUAGCAUCGCUUCGCUACACAGUCACGCACAGUAGAGUCGUCCGUCUCUCUACCUUGGUCGCGCUCUCAUGUUUUAGGCUACCGAUGCUAAUAUCAGACCUUGCUUCCCAUAUCCUUGUUCGCCCGACCUCCUGCCUUCGCAAUAUGCGUCAACGUCAAACCUCGUGAUCAUCAGGAAAAUGUUCAUUGGCGGCCUAAACUGGGAUACUACCGAUGAGGGUCUCCGCAAGUACUUCUCGCAGUUCGGAAAAGUAGAGGCAUGCACGAUCAUGCGCGAUGCGGCAGGUCGUUCGCGGUGCUUCGCGUUCCUUACUUUCGAAGACCCGGCAUCCGUGAACGCCGUCAUGGUUCGGGAGCAUUUCCUGGACGGGAAGAUUAUCGAUCCCAAACGCGCGAUUCCGAGGCAGGAACAUCAGCGAGCAACAAAACUGUUCAUCGGAGGCCUAGCGGGCAGCGUUACUUCCGAGUCGAUGAGGGAGUACUUCUCCCAAUUCGGUAAGGUCGUCGAUGCGACUGUCAUGUUGGACCGCGAGACGGGCCGGAGCAAAGGCUUCGGCUUUGUCUCCUUCGAAAACGCAGACGUGCAGCCCCUCCUUGGGUUCGGUAACCUUGAGAUCGAUGGCAAACUAAUCGACGUCAAGCUUGCCCAACCACGCUCACAACGCGAGAACUUCUCUGAGGGCACCCAAAGCGGCUAUGGUCGCGGCGGAAACUUCAGCGGACAGGGCAGCGGCUUCAGUGGUGCCACAGCCGGCGCGACAAGCAGCGGCAACGCGCCGUUCGACCCGCAGCAGCUCGCGCAACUGUACACGCGCAUGAUGCAACAGAUGGGCAUGAACCCCAUGAUGGCGGGGGGUAUGAACAUGAUGGGCAGUAUGGGUGCAGGGUUUGCCGGAGGCAUGGGCGGCAGCCGCAUGAUGCCUGGGAUGGGCAUGGGCAUGGGUGGAGGUAUGGCAAGCCCCGGGAUGGGUAUGGGGCGCGGUGGUGCAGGCAUGGCUGGUGCAGGUGCGAUGAGUCCUGGCGGUGGCAUGGGCCCAAACGUUCCUCGCGGUCCGCGCAACGGGCCCGGAGGCCCUGGAGGACCCGCUGGUGUUGGCCCGCAACGCGCCGGCCAGCGAGGCCAGCACAAUUACCAUCCCUACGCCCGGUGAUCGGACGUUCUCCGAUGACUACGAUGUUCAGUUGCCCGCCACACUUCGCCAAUGUAGUGAUUGGUAGCAGUCGACCUUCGUGUCACGACUAUGUUAUGCAGUAAACUUAGGUAUUGAGUCCCGUUAGGGGUACUGUAAUUGUACUUUUGUCGUCAUGGCGGUACCUCGUAGACUGGCCAAUGCAUCCGUAUUAUCAUCGUCGUUGUGCUCGACUCCGUGCUCCCAAUGCUUCCUUGCGUGUGCCCCACUGGCGCUGAAAACAUGCUAUGUG